AGCGUUUUCGCCUUCGCGUACUUGAAAGCCCGUGUUAAACACGACAGUUUAGAGGCAAAAAUGUAACUAUUAUCGGGACGUUUUCUUACAAUUCUUUUCAAAAGUCGCUUUAAUAUGUGCGUACCUAUUCUUAAAUGUGGAAACCUCGCUACAAUGAUUGGUUCAGAAGAUUUGGUUCAAACCGUGUCUAAUGUUACAUCUGGGUACAAAGAACAAAAGCCCGUCGCUGUCGUUAGACCGACACUGAAUUUAGGGAUUUCUACAGAAAACCAGCGCGGUUUGCCCGAUGGUUCUUUACCAACUUCUCCCGAGUUUGACUCCGACCAAGUUCCAGGCGUCGGCUGCUUCCUGGAACAUAACACACAAGAGAUCAUCGAGGAUUUCUUACAACUAAUCACUUCACCUUCUCGCUUUUGUGGACGUCAUAAUAAGGUUCUACAGACUAUGAAACGUGUUGUAGACAAUCUGCUGGUCAAGCACGAUAUCGUAUAUAAAGGUAUGCUUGUAAAACUGAAUUUGAACAAGCGAGGACAUGACAUGAGUGUGAUUAGUUCAGUGGCCAAGGAGCUUUUCAGUGAUGGCAUCACAAACUGGGGUCGCAUUGCCAGCCUACUCGCUUUUGGUGCAGUUGUGGCUCGGUAUGAGAAGGAAUCUGGACGAGGGGACUGUGUAAGCCUUGUGGCGGAAGAGCUCUCGUCCUUUCUCAUGCAUGAUCAAAAGGAGUGGCUUCUGAAAAAUAACUCAUGGGAUGGCUUUGAAGAGUUUUUUCACAUUCCUGAUGCUGAAUCUUCUGUGAGGACCGCGUUAACAACCUUUGUUACUGUGGCAGGAAUUGGAGCUGUUCUUGCAUAUAUGACAAGAUAAGUUCCACUGGACUGGCUGACUUUGGACUUUGGUUUAAAGCAGUAAAAAGACAUUAACAGUCUACUAUCAAGAAUUCCAUCCAAAAACCUGGAUUGUAUAAAAUUUGAUUGCCAUUUUAUUCAUGAAGAAUUUAUUUUUUUUAUUAAAAUUAUUCUUAAAACACUAUUUGAUCUCACAAAACAUAUUUUUGCCCAGGCAAGAUUUUCUGUUCCUUUUUUUCUUUUUCACUUUAUUGUUAACUAUCAAAUGGAGUACAAACCAUUUUUUCAAGACAACAUUUAUUAUUUACAAAUAUGUUUUGGAGCACAAUUGUGGUACUGUGACUAUAUGGAGCUAUUUUCUCAGGCCAUAGUUCUUGUUUAACCUGAAGAAUAUGCUGAAGGUGCUUGCUACAUAUAACUACACAGUUUAAGUUUGCUUGGCCUAGGUAGAUUUUCACUCUGUAGAAACAAUUUGGUGCCAUUAUUUGCUUGGAGAUUGGGUUUUAGGGAGGCCUGCGUUCUACUCACAGGACAUUACAGAAUAUUCAUACUUCAGGACAUUCUGACACUUUAACCAAAUUCAUUCAUUUCUUUUUUGUUUUCGUAUUAAAUUGAAAUUGUAGCAAAGCGCACACAGAGGUAGUUAUUUUUCUUCAGCACGUUCAUCCAGUUAUCUUCUGUUCUCACAUUAAAAUGGACUUCUUGCAGAUAGUGAACAAGCAAUAAAUCUGUUGUAAUUUUUCAACUAUAA